AUGGAUACUUGUAAAAGUAAUCAGUCAAAUAACAAAUUACUUAUUUUUGAUAAAAUUCUAAAAAAAUUCACUUUAUUUUUAAAACGUUUACCAUGGAAAAUAAUCAUAGAAUUCGCUAUUCCUAUUAUUGUAAUCUUUUCAUUAUCAUUUUGCACAAAUAUAUUUAUUCCUUCUCUUCGGAUUUUCCAAGCUUUAUCAGUACGUGAUUCAAUUCAGUUACUAAAAUAUAGCGUUCAACCAAAUGAUACAUGUUUUAUUAAUUAUAAUGGGUUUACAAAACUCAAAAUAAAUAAUUAUUCAAUAAUAGAUUAUAAAAAGGAUGUUCAUGUUAUUAUACUUGAUGGAUUACAAUCAAAUAAUAAACUUUUAUUAAAAGAAUAUGCUAAAUAUGGCAGUGUUUUUUCAUCUUAUCAUACAAUAGGUAGUAGUAGAAACAAAAGAAUAAAUAAUUUUUUAAAUGGAAAAUUAAAUAAUGAUUGUGUAGAAGAGAAUGAUGAAUUUUUAUUAACCAACAUUUUUAAAAAAAAAGGUUAUCAAGUAAAAACAUUUAUUGAUAGUAAUCUUACCAAUGGUAUUUUGUGUACAAACAAUAAUAAUUACAUUGAUAAAAUAAUGAACAAUUUCAAUAAAAAGCCUAAUUAUGUGUCGAAAGAUAAACCAUCAUUUUCAUUAACAAUAUUAUUUGAAUCUUUUGUGGGUUCAGAAUCAAUAAAAAUGGAGAAAAUUAUUGAGAAUAUUUUAACAUAUCAAGGUUCUUCUUUUAACAGUUCAUAUAUAAUACUAAUAAGCAAUAAUGUAAUGUAUUAUAAUCCUUAUCUUAUGAUAUCCUUACCAUUAGAAAAAAAAACAAAUGAAUAUAAUAGCACAUUACUAUAUAAUAAUGAUAAAUCAUUAACUUCGUAUGAUUUAUAUAAAACAUUAGUAAGUAACAAUGAUAAUAAUACUUCUAUGAAUAUUUUAACAACAUUACUUCCAAAAAGAAGUUGUCAAGAAAUGAAAGUACCAAUCGAAAAUUGUAGAUGUCAAAGCAAUUUUUUUAAAUUACCUAAAGAAAUGAUUAAAGUAAAAAACGUUUUAAACAAACAUUUUGUAAAAGAUUUAAAAAAUUACUUUGAAAGUGAAAAAUAUAGCAAAAAAUGUAUAAAAAAAUUAAAUGAAAUGAAAGAUUAUAUUGAAACUUAUUAUGCUUUUAUCACAUUAAAAAAAGGAAUUCAUUUUAAAGUAGUACUUAAAUUAAAUGAAAAAAGAAUGAUUAUGGCUUUUUAUAAUGAUAAUUUCUCUAUUGCUUCACAAGGUGUUAUAAAUAUUGGAGAAGAUAAAAAUUGUUAA